CGCGCCCAGAACAGACAGCACAGACGAGAAGGAGUGAUCUCUUCUUCGAGUUAGUUAUCGGAGUCUGUUGAACUUUACUAUUCGCGUACGAUCGUUGCAAGUUGGUUAUCCUACGUCCGGUUUCGUGUUUAUUUAGCUAACUAACCCUUCUUCUGCUUCAAACUAACCCCAAACGCUGCCAAGAUGAGCCGACGUCCCGGAAUGCGUACUCGUGUCUACGCCUCAAACCUCGGCGUGGUGGAGAACAACUACAAAGAAGCUCUGGCCCGACUAGAGAAAAGCCGCCGACCAUCAUCGGCCGAUCGUGAGACCAAGACGCGCGUGUCGCCAUUUUCCGUCAGACCCGCGUACGAUUUCAAUGGAUCCGAAUUCGACGAUGAACUGGCGGCUGCUCGCUCCCGGGCUUCUCGUGUCAUUCACGAAAAAUCCGUCAUUGAUUCGCGAUCGGAGCAGCUGCGUAGCCACAGUCUAGCGCCAGUUCCGAUCAGCAGUGCCCUGCUGGAGAACGAUUUCGACGACCAGGUUCAAGCAACUCUGAACCGGAUCCGGGCAAACAAAAAUCUGCUUAGUCAGCUCAAAUCCGAAGAUGCAUUGGAACAGGUUCGCACCGAGACUCGAUCCAAACUGAGCGAGCAAACUAGCAAAAAGCUAGCGGAAAAAAUGUCCAGCUUAGAAGAUGCAAAUGAUUUUGUCGAUCGAUCCGUCAGGAAAACUCUCAAGAUUAGAGCAUCCGCUGACAAUGCUACCAAGAGUGCCCUCAAGUGGAAGGACGAAACGGCAGAAUCGUUUGCGGCCAAGCGGGCUAGUGACACCAAAGCUCGCCUGCAGGAUCUGGACCAAGAGAUGUUUGAGUUCGAGGAGAAGCAAGCCGCCCGAGCCCGCCGCUCGGCCCAACUGAAGAAGCUGCUGGCAGAAACGGCGUGCGAUGAGCUGAUUCCGGCCACCACAACCGAACAAGCUGGCACGAAGGUGACAACCGGAAUGGUUCGGUUCAAGGCGCAGAAGAAGGUUGUGUCUUUCUAGAGACUGCAAUCUUGCUGCAGCUAGCUUAAGUCAGUCAUUUUUAUAUACGUUAAAUAUUUUCGUGAAAUGUAUAAAUUACUGUUACAAUUGAAAUGAACAAAAUCGUACUCUAGUAUGUAGGAUGUUAACAGGAUAAUACUUUUUCACUGACAUUAGGCAGCCUUUGUUUUCUCUCCCAUGUCUAGACAAUGUUUUGUAAGAUCGAGACAUGAAAAAUUGCUAAGAUAAGCAUUUUAAGUUGUGAAAAGUUAAAUAUAAAGAUACGUAGCCGCUCGGAGGAAUGAGUAACACCGAACCGAAUUUACCGAGGUGAAUAUGAAAUAAAUAAAAGACCCGUGCUCUCGCUUUUGUCAUUUUAUAUUCUGUUGAUUGAACGUAAGGAAUAGCGUAACAAAACAAAUGUCUGUUUUAAAAAUAUCUUAGUGAUUUUGAUCAGUAGUAGCAUAUACCUACAAUAAAUAAAAAUAGAUAAUUUGUUCAAGCGAUAGUCAUCUGUACCAAAACUAAGAACUAUUACCUUUCAAUUUAUAGUUUACCUUCAUAACUUCAUAUGAAAUAAAAAAUUA